AUCACCGGAAGCCGUAGUGGGAUGUAUUGAAAAAGUGAUGCAAUUGAUGUGUUAUCGUCAUUCCACACACACCAGGUGUGUGGGUGUUUAGAGGCACAUAAUAGAAUGAAAGUGAUUUUGGCAAACAGUGUCGCAGAGCCUUUUUUUCAUUCAAUGAAUUAAUAAUGUCCGACGUGAUGAAUGAACGUGACUGAUAAUAUCCGAAUGGUGCAUCAAUGUGGAAUAUUAAAGACAAAAAUCAACGAUCGAACUUGACGGCAGUCGCGGUAUGGUCUGGCAAUCCAACCACAGUGCAUCUGUAUUGUUAGUAAGCAAAGUGUAAACCCAUCACGGCCCAAGUGCAAAAUUUCCACUUGCUGCUAGCAUCCCUCCAUCCACACGCUCCGACUGCCGCCGGUGAGGAUGUUGCUGCGGCGAACGGACGAAGAAAUUCAUAAAUACGUGACUUUACGAGCUGAUGCCAACGCGACGUGGAGUGAUCUUGUUGAUUGUCGUCGUCGUCUUGUUCGUCGACGGUCGUGCAGGCGGGUACUACGAACGCCCCCCAGUUGAGAGGAGGACAAUCCUUGUCCCACAGAGCUAGUGAGAAAGAUAUUCAAAUUAAAUGGGUGACGUCCAAUAAAUCAGCCGUUAAUACGAAUUCCGGACACUUUGGAAUGCUUUUUCGGGGAAACGCGAGGGCGAACGUGUGAGUGUGUAACAAAGUAGGUGCGAGAGAAGGGCGGAAUUGUGUCGAAGUCGCGAAUUUAGCGUUACUCGCCGAGAGCGAAUAAUACUGUGAUACAACUUUGUGAAACAAAACGAAAAGCAAAUAGUCAAUGAAACCCCACCGCUCAAGGGAAUGAAAAUCUACCAGAGAAAUUCCAUUCAAACAAACUAACUACGUCCUCUCGGGUGCUGUCAAAGUUAUUGCCCCCAACCGUGACAUAGAAAUUUCACUCUAGCAAACAAGAACAGACCAAAAGUUCGUCUUUCCAUCGUCAUCGAACAUUCGUGUCCUUCGUAGGCGAAAAUGUUCGGCCAGUCAAAUCUAAGCAAUCCGAACCAUCAGUGUAUGUACAGAAGCUACCCUACACUUUCCCAAAACUCCUACCCACAACAAAUCCCACAACAGCAGCAGCAGCAGCAGCAGCCCUUCCUGCACCAAUCUAUGACCCUUCCAUGACAGUAUAGUCAAAGCCGUCAGACCCGUAAAAACAAUUGCUAUUAUUGCAAUAACAACAUCAAUCUCACCUGCACCUGUUUGUCGUCGAGUGCCUUAGGAUACUUCUACUCGACGUCACAAACCCUCAACUCGGCCCCAUCGACCCUACCCAGGCGAUCACGUCCCUCAAACCACCACUAUUUACCCACUUACCCAUACCUGCAGGCUCCCAUUCAGCCCCCGAUCCAAUUCCAGCUCCAACCACCUCAGACUGCCACCAAAGCCACCUCAAUCACUCCACCGGUCCGUGAGCAACAGAACCAAGAAUCACAAGUCGACGAAGCAAUGCUCGGAAUCAACACCUCCAACGAUCUCGACUCACCGGCCCUGUCCGCCUCACCCCCACCGGCUCCUGCGCCCAGACCACCCCCAGUUCGGAAUGGUUGCCAACGGUGUCGAUUCACGGCAUCGAUGGCUUCGGCCAAUUCGACACUGAGCCGAUCCCACCAGCAUCUAUCAGGAAGCGCUAGCAAUACCCUCACCAGAGGGAACACUCACAAUAGCAGCCUUCGGGAGAGCAGCGGCGGUGGUGGCGGCAAUCAUAUAGCCACUAGCACUGCCCAUUUGCACACGGCUGGGACGACUACGACAGGACAUCAUGCACAAAAUGGGACAUAUCCCGGUGGCUACGACCGGAGUCGACUGAUGGAGGAGGAAGAUUCCGCCUACCCGGCUCUGUUGGAACGAGAACUGCAUUCCCUCCAUCGGAAUGUGCCGGCGUUGCGAAGGGCCGGUGUUGACACCAAUGCAAUUAGACAGCAUUUCUACCCGGACGGCGGUUGGGGUUGGAUUGUUUGCGGAGUUGCAUUCCUGGCGCAUGUUCUCACCACGGGAUUUCAACUGUCCUACGGGCUGCUGCUUUUGUACGCGAUACGCCACCUGGGUCACGAGGUGAAUACCGAAGCAGGUUGGCUUGGAGCUGCUAGCUGGGCCAUGUCUCUGUUGGCGGCAACCAUUGUAGUGGCACUGUGCCGUCGAAAGUCAACCCGUCUUACGGCCGUUCUCGGCGGGCUGGUGCUCGCGCUGGGGAUCCUUUUCACCUCGUUUGCCACUCAGCUGCACCAGGUGGCGUUCAGCUACGGAGUGAUUGUCGGUGUUGGGGCCGCCAUGGUUCGUGAGUCGGCCGCCGUGAUGCUGGGCCAUUACUUCAAGCGGCGGAGACAAUUUGUCGAAAUGAUUACGAUGUCGGGCGAAGGUGUCGGCGUGGCACUGUUCUCUGUGAUACUGAAGGAAGGAGUUGGGAAAAUGGGCUGGCGCCUGGGCCUGCAAGCCGUCACCGGGCUGGUUUCGUUUAGCUUCUUCAUGGGACUACUCUACCGACCGGCAUCCCUCUAUCAUCCGCAGCGCCGGGCUAUUCUGCAUCUGAAAAACCAAAGGAAGAAGGUAAAAGAGAAGAAAACCCACGUCCGCACUCCGAAGCCUCCGUUUCUGGACUUUACCCCGCUGAAGCUCACCCCGGUGCGGAUGCUCUCGAUAUCGGCAGCUGUGGCCGCGUUCGGCAUCUACUCUCCUGUCUUUUUUCUGUCACUGCACGGAUUCACCGAAGGAUACGACAUGCAGGAUUUGGUUCUGCUGCAAACGUUCCUAGGGCUGUCGAUUGCACUGGGCGUUGUAUUCAGUGGAUCGUCCAUCAACAAAACUCUGGAAAUCUCCUUCAAAAAAAUUCGAAUAUCUCGUCAAUAUGUCUGUCAGGGCUGUGUUACACUAAUAUCCCUUUCGCUGUUGGUCCUCUCGGCCGUGGCUGACUAUCGUGGUCUAUGUUUCUCUGCUUGGGCAUACGGUCUCGGAUUGGGUGGCUACCGGUACACGCUGAAAAUGCUGGCCAUCGAACGAAUCCGGGGCAAGUACUUCUCCAAGUCGUGGGGAUUUAUCAAGAGUGCUGAAUCACUGCCGGUGCUAUUUGGAGUUCCGUUGUGUGCUUUCCUAAACGACUCAUCACACCGGUACGGUCGAGCCGGGUACUACAUCUGUGCAGCGAGUGCAGCCAUCUCGGCGAUAAUUCUUUUUUUCGUCGGCCAUCCGGACGGGAAGAACAUGAAGUACUCGACCAAUGGAUCAAUAACAUCCCGUUGUACGGCACCCACUUCAUCGAGCGACUGUCAGCACAUGCUGAAUCGUAGCUUUUCAUCAUCGCAGCGUUUCAACAAUCAGUGGUAUCCAAACACGCACAGUACGAAUCUGUCCAGUGGUUGCCACCCGAUGGCGGCGUCCCAACAAGGUACAGGAUAUGGAGGCCAGCAGCAGCAACCACCACAACGUUGUCUCUCGAGUCAAUUCAUGAACGGUGGCCCUGGCCUGCUCGGAAAUGGCGCAGCUGGCCUCGAAAGGGGCACAUCCAAUACGGCCAAUUACAACUAUCACAGCCCAUACUGCCAGAGUACCGGCCAGUCCCACCACCACCACGGCCGCCUGCACAAGAGUCUUUCAUUUGCCUUCCAAACACCAAUCGUAACCAACGAGGACCGAGAACAGCAAUCAUGUCGACAGCAGCCCGGCAGUCAGUAUGCCGCCGAUUAUCCACCAAGCCGAUGCUACUCGAGAUGCGAAGUCCACAACCCACCCCAGCGGAACACACCAUCCCAUCGCCGUGCUCCAUCGGUGGCCGCAGUUCACCCACCACCGCCCGGCUACAUCUGCGCCAACGGACUGCAGAACAAUCCCUCCCGGAGCCGGAGCGUUCCGGAGGGCCUAGCGCACAGUCAUCGGGGACCAGCCGAUUGUCACUGGAACCACUGCCACUGGACCACCGCCAACGGGGUAAACUUUUGCCGACCGACCCGGCCUAUUCAGGUGGUGGAACAGAUCACCACAUCCGUUUGACUAAAGUUUAAGAUAAUGCGUUUUUUCCUGUGCAUCUCGAUUCAUCUGCUGGAGGGAUUGUUUUCCUAGUUACCCAGCUUGCGCCUCAUUAUCACACCAUCAAGAUAAAUAUUCGCUCGCUGCUGGAGCGAAACCGAGCUCCCACCCACCCAUGGCGGCAUCAUAACCAGACGCAUAAGGCAUAAAUCAUCAUUAGCUACGCGUGCGUUCAUCGUUUCAUGGAACAUUCAUUCACGCACCCAUAUUUCUCCUAAAUAUAACGAAGGAUAACUGAAUGGAAGAUUUUUUCCAAUUUUAAAAGCAUACAUAUUACCAUAAUAAAUGUGUUCAAUACACCAAAUUAAUUAAUUGCCGUAGCGGAAGUUGGCGUGUUUGGAAAAUUUGAAUGAUAUAUUGAACGUGCGCUCGCUGCUGGUUAAAAUCCAUGAGUUAAACCACAGUUUCACGAGCAGCGCGUCCGUUAUAGCGAGGAUAACGAGCUGUACCGAAACGGACCACGAAGAGACUAGACCAGACCGGAAUGGUAGCUGAGGGUGGGAGAAAGCGUUAUUCUAAAUAAAUCGUGUACAUAAUUAAUUUUCGGAAGUAAUAGUUCAAAUUAGUUAUCGAAUAAAUAUCGAACUCAUUCAUUACUGUCGAAACGCGAAACUAGGUCAAGUUGAGCAUGAGUUAUGGGUAAUGUGGCACUCAAAGCGCAGCCGUCAUAAUCGGGCCCGAUGAUCAUUAAAUGGAUUUGUAACUUGUAGGUACUGAAACAAUUUAAAUCUUUAAAAAAAAGAACUCAUAUGCAGGUUAUAUCAUUCUUAGAGGCGGUUAUGAUUGUAUUGUUUUUCUUCUGUUGAAUUUUAUUAGUGAUAUGUGAAUCUUAGAUUAACGCAAACAAUCAUACAUUCGAGAGAGGUAAAAAGAAACUACGCCAAAGCGUGACUGUUAUCACGAGACGAUGAUCUUUAGCAACUAGGUUAUUGAUUUUGCGACUUUCUACGCAAGUUUGAGGGCGAACGAGCGAGAGAGAGAGAGAGAGAGAGAGAGAGAAUGCUGGAAUUGAAUAUAUUAUGCAUUCGGGAAACGAACUGUGAGAAACGAUGCGGAAGCACAAAGAAAGGAUGUUUUAUUUAAUAAAAGUUUUAAAAUUUGUUUUGGUCUA